AUGAGUGUGCAGACGAUUGAUUUGUUGAAGGAGGAGCUUCCGGUGCACCAAGAAUCUCUGCAUCUCACCGGUGACACCAAGACCGGCCUUGUCCUCGUCGACGUCGUUAAUGGCUUCUGCACCGUCGGUGCUGGCAAUUUGGCACCAAGACAGCCUGAUAAGCAAAUCUCUGAAAUGGUGGAUGAAUCAGUGAGACUUGCCAGAGUUUUCUGUGACAGAAAAUGGCCUGUCUUCGCUUUCCUUGAUUCCCAUCACCCUGACAUUCCUGAGCCUCCUUACCCUCCUCAUUGUAUUGUUGGAACUGAAGAAUCAGAGCUAGUCCCAGCUCUGAAAUGGUUGGAGAAUGAAGGAAAUGUGACCCUUCGGCGUAAAGAUUGCAUUGAUGGAUUUCUUGGUUCAGUUGAGGAAGAUGGCUCUAAUGCGUUUAUCAAUUGGGUUCAGAGUAAUCAGAUCAAAGCUAUCUUGGUCGUAGGAAUAUGCACAGAUAUAUGUGUGCUAGAUUUUGUAUGUACCACUUUGUCUGCUAGAAAUCGUCGUCUCCUUGCCCCUCUGGAGGAUGUGAUUGUGUAUUCCCGUGGUUGUGCCACUUUUGAUCUUCCAGUUGAUGUUGCCAAAACUGCCAAAGAUGUUGUGGCUCAUCCCCAGGAGCUAAUGCAUCACAUAGGCCUUUACAUAGCCAAAGGAAGAGGAGCAAAGGUAGUGUCUGAAGUGUCGGAAGUGUCAUUGAAUACAAAAAAUCCAUGA